UGCGGACAGGGGCGCGGGCGGCGGCCCCACCGACCCCCGGCCGGUCCUGGGGGGCUGGGCUGCAGCGGCGGGGCCCCUAGGCGCCCCUUCCUCGUCCUCGUCCUCCUCCUCCUCGUCGUCGUCGUCGUCGUCGUCCUCCCCCUGCCCGGCCAUGGGGUCCCCGCAGGCCGGGCUCAUGCUGCGCCUGGCGGCCGAGGCGCUGGCGGGCAAGAACUUGGAGCUGGCGGCGGCGGCGGCGGCGAUGUACGGGGGCCCCUUCUCCGAGCCGGCGCCGCCGCCCCUGCCCGCUCCUCCUCCUCCUCCUCCUCCCCCGCCCGCUCCUCCUCCUCCCCCUCCGCCUCCUCCUCCUCCUCCUCCGCCGCCCACGGGGCCCGAGGGCAAGAUGCUCCUCCGGCGGGCCGACGCCCUGGCGUCCGGGGGCCGCCUGCCCGAAGCCUUGGAGCUGUACCAGCUGCUCUCCCACCAGCGCCAGCUGCGCGCCGAGCAGCUGGGGCCCCUGGUGCAGCGCCUGGCCGAGGCCAUCCGGCGCAAAGAGCGCCUGGCCCCCGCCGCCCCGGCCGACCCGUGGGACGGCUUCCGAUGCCGCAAGUGCCAGGGCUUCCUCUCCGAGCCCGUGUCCCUGCCGUGCGGACACACGUUCUGCAAACUCUGCCUGGAGCGCCGGCGGCCGGACGAGCGGCGCUGUGCGCUGUGCGCUGCGCCCGCCGCGGAGCGCCCGCCGCCGGCGCCGCUGCGGGUCAAUGUCAUCCUCAGCAACCUGCUGACCAAGUGGUUCCCCGGCCCGGCCCGAGCAUCGCGGCUCCGCCACGAAGGGAACCGCCUCUACCGGGAGCGCAAGCUGGAGGCGGCGCUGCAGAAGUACGACGAGGCCGUCAGCCUGGCUCCAAAUGAUCACUUGCUGUACAGCAACCGGUCUCAGAUCAACUCUACCUUACAAUCCCGAGAGGAUGCACUGCGUGAUGCGGAAAUGGCCUGCAAGCUCCGGCCAUACUGGCUGAAGGGUCACUUGCGGAAAGGACAAGCAUUGGCUAAUUUGGGGAAAAUAGAAGAAGCUUUAAGGGAGUUUCUGUUCUGCGUUGCCCUAGAUGGGGGAAACAGGAUGGCCAGAUUUGAAGCCCAGAAGCUUCUAUUUAGUUUAUUUUCACCUCUCCCGGAAAAUGCUCAGGAACACUUUCCUGAUAUCCUGCAGCUGCUGUCGCAUCACCCUAGACUGAAGGGGAAUCUUCUAAAUUCCCUGGGAUCAGGAGGCACCAGCCAUCACCUUCAAAAGUUAUUCCAGAUAAAUAUGGAGCAGAGGAAAGGUCAUCCUGCUCAGAAGGAAUCAAUAUUGAUAGGCUGCAGUAGUUUGAAAAAAACAGCUCAAGGGAUGGACAGCAAAAGAGACUUCUUGGAGGAGGAGGAGAAGGAGGAGGUGGAAGCGGAGGAGAGUGAACAGGGGCUGACUGCCAAGCCCACUGUGCGGAUCUCUGAAAAGUGCCACCUGCUGAAGAGGAAGCACUGUGCCUCGGAGCCCCAGAGUCCCGAGAUGCCAAGCAAAGUUUCAAAGAAAGAUCCAUCUGAUGCCAAGGGGACUGAGCCCACUCACUGUGUUCCAUGUGAAUCUUUCGACCCAUCUGAUCUCGACUGUUCUCUGUGCAUGAGGCUUUUCUACGAACCUGUCACCACCCCUUGUGGACACACCUUCUGCCUGAAAUGUCUUGAAAGAUGCCUUGAUCAUAACCCCAAGUGUCCCCUGUGCAAAGAGGGCCUUUCAGAGUGCUUGGCUAUGAGGAAAUAUUGUAAAACUGUGAUAAUGGAAGAGUUAAUAGCCAAAUACCUUCCAGAAGAACUCACUGAGAGAAAGAAAGUCUAUGAAGAGGAAAUUGAAGAACUUUCUAAUUUAAACAAAAACGUCCCUAUAUUUGUCUGCACUAUGGCCUACCCUACUGUCCCAUGUCCUUUGCACAUCUUUGAGCCCUGCUACCGUCUGAUGAUUCGCAGAUGCAUGGAGACCGGGACAAAACAGUUCGGAAUGUGCAUCGGUGAUCCCAUCAAGGGGUUUGCAGAUUAUGGCUGCAUCCUGGAGAUAAGAAAUGUCGAAUUUUUUGCCGAUGGCCGCUCUGUCGUGGAUAGUAUUGGCAAGAGGAGAUUCAAAGUGAUUCAGCACAGUCAGCGGGAUGGCUAUAACACAGCCGAUAUCGAGUACAUAGAGGAUCAAAAGGUUCAAGGAGAAGAUUAUGCUGAGUUACUGGGGCUGCACGACUCUGUUUAUGAUCAAGCAUUUAUGUGGUUUAAUUCACUCAAACAAGCACUCAAGAGUCGGAUUCUGAGUCACUUUGGUCCAAUGCCAGCAAAGGAUCCUGACCCACAGGCUAACCCCAAUGGCCCAGCCUGGUGCUGGUGGGUUCUGGCAGUUCUUCCGCUGGAAAGCCGAGCUCAGCUCCCCUUCCUCGCCAUGAAGUCCCUGAAAGAUCGCCUGAAUGGCAUCCGGAGGGUCCUGACGUUCAUGUCCCGAAGCCGAAGUCGGUGAUGUCGGAAUUGCUGAGGAGGCGCUCCUGCCCGCCCGGACUUUGGGAGUUUGGCUUGUGAAUAUUUCAAAUUGCAAUAAUGUCUUAACAGAGUGGAGUGUCAAAAUCGGGACCCCCUGUGGUGCCCAUUGCAAAGAGAAACUUAGUUGAAUGCCAAAAGACUGUUGUCAAGGUAGAGUUUCCCUGGGAUCCUUUUAGAACUUUCUUCAGAUUAUCGUUCAGUUGCUGCACUGUUACCAGUGUCCUAGAACAAGACAUAAAGUGAUCUUGUUUGCCAUAAACUCUUUGGAAAGUUUAAAAGGGUUUUUAUUUUCUAGGUAGUUUUUGGAGUAGAUGAAUGGCUGUGUGGUUUAAUGUGAAGCAGAAAUACUAAUAAUGUUGAAACAUUAUUUCAGUGACCUGCGCUCUUAUUCUAAAUGGUUCAGGUUUUAUAUAGCUUUCUGUAAAAUAAUGUUCACUACUUCUGUUUUAAUAAUUUAUUUUUGCACUACGACGUCUUUUUUUGGUUUCUAAAUGUAUAUUACUGUUUAUGUGCACAUUAUCAAAAAAGUGAGCUGCUCUAUUUAUUUAUGUUUACCCUGUCAAAAAGACUAGGGAAAAAUCAUACUAGCAAAACACAGCCUCCUGGUUUGGAUCAUAUUCUAUUCCCUCCCUGGCCCAGUUCUCAGAAUUUUUUUUCUUCUUUUGCCCAUAUUGAAUCUAGUGAUUCCGUCCUUUCUAACAGACACUGCAGGAAGCAAUCUACACAUUUCAUUUUUGUUCCUUUUCUUUCAUAAAGAAAACAGCUUGAUUUGGCCCAGAUGAAGAAAGUACGCAAUAGAGUGAAGCAAAAGACAGCGUUUAGAGUAUAAUUAGCGAGAACAGGAAGGAGUUGCAGCUGAAGAGGCUACCCCCCAUUCUCCCAUAACAUAUGUUUUCACUCCAUGCUUUGGAAAGAAAUAGGGAACGUUCUCCUGACGACACAUGCCUGCCUGGAUAAAACGUGUCGGUCGAAACGAUUAUGCACAUGUAUCGGUGUAGGUCAAGAAGUGGCGAGGACUACAGUAAUACAAGUUGUCCUUUUCCAUUGCUUCAGGAAAAGAUAUGUCUAGUAAAUUGGGAGUUUUUCAGUACAUGGCGACUCAUCAACCUAGAUCCUUUAUAUUUUUAAGUUAAAAGAGCGAUGAAGAUUUGGGAAGGACAGCCAGGAGGGAUCACCCCCAUUCAGGGCCUCUGUAACUACAACUCCUCCCCCACCCUUUUUACUAGCUGCAAACACUUGUCUGUAGAGGUAAUAGCUAACCCCCAAAAAAGAACUUCAUGCAUGAAUACUUAAUAUAAAAAUAGGAGGGAGCUUAAUGGGGUGGAACACAUUUUAAAAGUAGAGAAUUUUCUUCUAAUGUUUUCUAUUAGAAGAAAAGUUUCAUGUUUUUUCCUGGGAAAGAGCCAAAAGAACCAUUUUUUGAAAAUUAUAUUUGGGUAGGAAUGUCUGCUUUUGGUCAGAAUCUGCAUGGGACAAAUCUAAUAAUGUUAAACACCGAACUAACGUAAGCAAAGAUUGCAGCAGACAGAAAAGAGAACAUUUUUGGAGACACAUGCUACUAGUUCUGCCUCAGAGGUUGCCUGGGAACCAGGGCACCAGCCUGUCCUACCAGUGACAGAGCAUUUCAGGCUUUUCCCAUCAUCCCACUAACACCCUGAGUAAACUCAAGGCAUCUCCAGAAUCCAGGCAGGUAGGUGGGUGUUGGGGGGAGAGGAGCAAGAGGAUGGGAGAACAGAGCUAAAAGCACAUCUGGACAACUCACUUAACUGGUUGGACUCUCAGGCCAAUCAAGAGACACUUAGGCAACAAUUUCCACAGUAAAAAUGUCCUGUUAGAAUGAGCACAGGUUAUUUUACUUUUAUUCCUUCAGUGCUGACCAAAAGCCCUAGUAACAUAUCAUAUCACUAGCAGGCUAGCAUAUCAGAUAUUUAUUAAUACCAUUAAGAGACAGGGGGAAUCACUGAAUUUUUUUUCCAGUCUGUCAUUACGUUUGUUCCACAUCAAACCAACCACAGCAAUGGGAAGUCUAACCCCAGUGCCAGGUUUCCACGCCUCGUUUUCCAACUACUUAAUACUAACAAAAUUCCUGUAAGGGGAGUGGUGUCAAGAUAGCAGAAGAGAAACAUUUGGGGUGGACCAAAAAUGAAUUGUACUUUAUACCCUUCAAAUGGAAUACAUAUCACCCCACUUGCCCAAUCUGUCAUUCUCUUCAACAUACGCGUGAGAAUAGAUGGCUCAUUCUUCCCCAGAAGAUCAUUCAGUUCCAAUUGAAAGAUUGAAGAAGUUGAUUACGUCCUCUUUUUGCAAAGAAUGACUAGAAUGGUAACCUAAAUUGCUGAUGCACAGGUCCCGUGAUAUUUUUUAUUCAUAAUCUCAUUUUGCUCAGGACCCAGGAUAUUGGCUCAAGCAUUCUGUUGGCCCAGUGUGAUGGUAUCUGUGAGACUGGGCUGGUUUAUAGAAAAGAUCGGUGUGCUAGCCAAGCAACUGCCAAGCAACUGGUUCUUCUGGAAAACAUUCAGAAUUAAAGUCCUGAACUUGGCUUUUGAUGGCCUUAUUUAGGGAGCUGGUUUUUAUAACCUAAUUAUAAAGGCUUCAGAAAAUAGCUUAUAUCUCCACUUAUUCUGACAGAAAAAGCAGAUUUUCAACUAAGUGCCAAGUUUUGAAGUACUCCAAAUUGAUUAGUGCAGAAAUUGACUCUGAUUUCAUUAAGAACUAGAUCAAUUGUCCUAAUAACCAAAAAUGAAACCUUUUCAUGGGACUGAUGUAAAAUGAGGUGGAAGGUAAGGCCUCCACAAGGUUUUUUUCCUUAAGCAGGCUUAUCUGAGCAGGUGGUUUUCCUCCUUGAACACUGGUUCUAUCACUUUCAAAUGAAGUUCUCAGUGAAAGCUAGUUUGACUGAAUCAAAGGACACUGAUGUCAGUGAUGAUGUUAAAUUUAGUAAAUUAGUGUCCAAAUAUGAUUGCAGGUAAAAAUCAACCUUCACGCCUUUUGACUUGUACCCUACUUUAGUGUUUACAAAUAUCCAACAAUAUUUAUUUGAUGCUGAAAAGACUGUAAGCUUGUCAUGGGCAGGGAAUGUGUCUAAUAACUGUUGAAUUCUUUCCCAAGUGCUUAGUACAGUGUUCUGUGCACAAUAAGCGCUUAAUAAACACCUUUGAUUGAUAAGUCUUCACCUAGCGAAUGACCAUUUUGCCUCUCUGAUGGAAAAGAAAGGGGAAGAUGUUGAGCACUGAAUUUAGUAGGCCGAGAAGCUGUAUUUCCAAAAGAUAAUCUUUUCUGAAACUACACUUGCUUAGCCUCUUGCUGCCAGGAGUGAGAAUUUCCUCUUUGGAGAAGAGUUGGUGGUAUUUUUCAUUGGGUGUUUGGUACAUUUAGAAAUUCCACCUUGCUGCAGAGGAAUGGAUCUGGUUCAGAUAGCCAUCCUAGUUAGAAGGACUCUAGCAGCUUGUUUACAACAUAACUGAAUUAUUGAUUUGUAAUCUGAAGGGUCUUUUGAUUUCAGUUGAAAGGGUCACUUUUUGAUGGGUCUGGACUAAUCAAGAUAGAAGCUAAGACAGAGUGAGGAAUUGAGCUGAGUUCAAUGAGGGCUUCAGUGUUUUGGAGCUUAGGUUUAUUUUGGAAUUAAUUUAUUACAGUUUACUAAUAAAUACAUCAGACUUCAGAAAUGCAAUCAAGAAGCAUUAAUGUUUUGAAGUAUGAUGUUUUAAGCUCAGUAUAUGGGCCUGAGGAACAUAGUUAUGAUAAAAAAGAUUUGUGCUGGAAACAGCAGACUUCACUGACUCAAUUCUGUGCCCUUCACCAAAUACAGAGAAAAUGGAAUACAAAGAGCUCAAAUUCAGUGGAUGAAUAUCAUUUAACUGAAGAAUGUGCUUCCACAGCUAAUUACAUUGUUGAAAUAUUUCCUGGGGGUAUACAUUAGGGAGAUAUGCUCACUAAUGAAAGAUGGGCAUUUUCACUGAGCAUAAAUGAAUAUUUAGAGAGAAGUGCCUGUAUUUCAGUUUCUGGUUGCACCGUUUGGCUUGUCAUCGAUGUAGCCUUACAGUAGAUUUAAUUAACAAAGGUUUACGAAGCAACUCAGUAGCUAAAACCAUUUUGAAAAUGUUCAUUCUUUGCAUUUAUCAAUUGUCAGGAACAACUUUGAGAAACAGGUCAAUGUGGGGCCAUAGGCCUCUUCUAGAUAAAACAUUUCCAUCAAGCUGUGGAGCUCCAAUAGUGCCAUGAUUAAAAUGUCAAUUAAGCCAUUUAAAGUGAUACGCUUUGUGUACGCUUGUGUAUUCCAUCGUUUAUGAAGCAACCCUGUUAUUCUUGCACUGUAUUGAACUUGAAGGGACAUUUAGUUAAUGCUCGUAUCACAUAUACUGUUCAACUACCUCUAUAUAUGAUUGAUUUUUAAGGGUUUGUUUUAUUGUCCAAACUUAUGUUCAAAAUAAAAAAAGAAGUUUCAGUCCAGUCAACCUAUGUGUUGUAGAUGUACUAUUAACAAUAUGUUAUUGAUAAAGUCUCUGUGAAUGGUUGUGUUUGUUAAUUAAAACUUGUGUACCUUACCAUC